GAAAAAUAGGAAGUACCCCUGAGCAAAAUCAAGAUCAGGAAACUAAAAGGACUGUAAAGAUUCAGACCUUUCUCAUAAAAAUUAACAUACAGAUGGUUAGAUUAUGAGGUUAAAGAGAACCACAAGAGAGAUGGCAAGAUAUAGAGUUUCCUCCGGUUGAUUGAGUCGGCGGGCAAGCAAACUCUCCAAGCCAAUCUCCAAGACAGGGAGGGAGGGAGCAAGUUUUCAAGGGGAGGCGGCAGAUUAACGAGCCAGUUUAUUUCACCAAUCUUGUGAGUUAGCUUCUUCUUUUUCUUCCAUAAGAGAGAGGCAAAGAAGGAUUUGCAGUGAUUUACUUUAGUGAAUGUCAAAUACAUGUAUUUAAAGGAAAGAAAAAGAGGAAUGAAUAAUGGAGAUUUGAGAGGUAAAUGGUGAGUGAAUUUUUUAUUUUAUUUUAUUGAAAGAUGCUUAUUAUUAUUUUUUUAUAUAUUUUAUAAAAAAAAAUCAACCCAGAUUAAUCAUUUUAAUUUAGAGUCCGGGUCCUGACCCGGAUGAACCAUAGCACCGGAUUCGAAAACUAUGCCCGCAAUGCCAACGCGCUCCCAAGAAUUGCCCACGAAACUUCCACACCACAACUUCUCCCCCCUGUAAGCACCAAAACAGCCUUUCCUUUCAAGAAAGCUCUCCUCCUCCUCAUCCUCCUCCUCCUCCUCUGUCAUCUUCCACUAUUACCUUUCCUCUUUCUCUCCAAAAACCCUAAAAUCAAUUCUAUUCUAUUCAAUGGUUCCUCCACCACCAAACCACCAAGCAAUCCAACAAUUCCUCUCCUCCGUCCUCUCCCAACGCGGCCCUUCCGCCCUCCCUUACACGGAAGACACCAAAUGGCUCAUCCGUCAGCACCUCGUCUCCCUGACCUCCACUUUCCCUUCCCUCGAACCCAAAACUGCUACCUUCACUCACAACGACGGCCGCACCGUCAAUCUUCUCCAAGCAGACGGCACCGUUCCUAUGACUUUCGAAUCUGUCACAUAUAACAUCCCUGUUAUAAUCUGGCUCAUCGAAUCUUACCCUCGUCACCCUCCUUGUGUUUACGUCAAUCCCACGCGCGACAUGGUCAUCAAAAGAUCCCAUUCUUUUGUUAAUCCAUCGGGCCUCGUUGCGGUCCCUUAUUUGCAGAAUUGGAUCUACCCCAGUUCUAAUUUGGUUGAUUUGGCUCGCGAAUUGAGCAUGAUUUUUGGGAGGGAUCCUCCUCUUUUUUCUCAGCGUCCUCGCCCUAGCCCCAAUCCCAGUUAUCAUCCGAAUCAAUCGAGUUUGACGAACCCGUCGACUUUUGGAUCAGUGGGAAGUGGGUAUCCGAGGCAGAUGGUCAGGCCACCACAAUAUCCACCACCGUCGCCUCCGUACGGUGGUGGGGAGGGGAAGGCGGGAACGGAGGACGCGGCGGAGGUUUUUAAAAGGAAUGUGAUUAAUAAGCUUGUGGAGAAUGUUCAUGGGGACAUGUUGCUGCUGAGGAAAACGAGGGAGUCGGAGAUGGAAAGCUUGUUUAGCGCUCAAGCUGUGUUGAGGAGGAGAGAGGAGGAGAUUAAUAAAGGGUUGAAAGAAAUGAGAGAUGAAAUGGAAGGGUUGGAGUCGCAAUUGCAAGUUGUUUUGAUGAAUACGGAUGUUUUGGAGGCGUGGGUUAGGCAAAACGAGGGGAAGGUGAAAGGGGGUAUGGAGGACAUUGAUGUGGAUAAGGCUUUUGAGUGUGUGGAUGUUUUGUCGAAGCAAAUGUUGGAGUGUACGGCAGCGGAUAUGGCGAUUGAGGAUGUGGUUUAUUCGUUAGAUAAAGCGGUGCAAGAAGGGGCAAUGCCGUUUGUUCAAUAUUUGAGGAACGUGAGGUUGCUGUCUAGAGAGCAGUUUUUUAACAGAGCUACCGCAGCGAAAGUUAGGGCUGCACAAAUGCAGGCUCAGGUUGCUAGUAUGGCUGCUAGGGCACCACGUUAUGCUAGCUGAAUGAUUGUUUUGAUGGUGAUUUUGAUACGGGGUUGUGGCAUUUAUGGAGAUGUUGUAAGGGUCAAUAUAUUUUGAGGUUAGAUUCUUGUGAAGAACUAUAGCAUUUUAUUCUCUCUCUCUGUGUCUGUGUUUUUUUUUUCUUGUGCUGAUAGGGAAAUAAUUAUCUUCUUGUUAAUUAUUAUAUGUUUUCUUUUAUUAAUUGAUGUGUGGUAUCCUUGGCACUCGCUUUUCAAGCUAUAACAUUUUCCAUACAAAUUCUGGUCGUAGAAA